UAAAUUUGAGCUCUGAAUAAAUCUUUUCUCAAUAGUUUAUAUGUUUCGUAGUGCUCGACAAUCAUAACAUAUUCUCUAACCUAGUUUUACAUCUGUUGUGAAACAAGAAAAAAAAAAGUGUAAAAAAAGGGUUUCUCAUUUUUCGAAAACAUUUUGGUUGUCUCUCUAAAUGUAUUUUGCAAAAUAUUUGAGUGAUGUAGUUAAGUGUUAGUUCAUCAUAGUAAAAUUUGGUUGAUCUUAUAAAAUGAAAGUGUCUAAAAGGAAGGGAAAGAGAAAAAGGAAUCAGAACGUAGGAACUUCAAAGACUGUUACUGAAAAUGAGGAUAACAUUAGCAAAAAUAAAAAGGAUGAGCAAAAUAAAAAGGUAGAUUUAAAUGGGAAGGAUAAGACAAAUGAAAAGCAUGAGCAAAAUGAAAAGGAUGAGCUCAAUGAAAAGGACGAACAGAAUGAAAAGCAUGAGCAAAAUCAAGAGGACAAACAAAGUGAAAAGCCUGAACAAAGAGAGAAAGAUGAGCGAGUUGAAAUAAAGCCAACAGAGGAAAACGCACAGCAGAGUGAAUCGGUCGGAAAUAUGGAAAAUGCUGAGAUAAAAUCCAGAGCAGUUGUGAAGUAUUCUGUACCUAGGCCACCAGAAUAUGUGAAAUUACAAUGUAAUACUAAUUUAAAUUUACCACCUGCUCAUUGGCUCAGUAGCUCAGCUGACUCCUAUGGAUUGCAAAAGGCUUUCACAUUGACACAUAAAGGCUUUGCUAGUUUCAGGAUGGCCCAGUUGUAUCCAGAUUGUGUAGGAGACGUGGAUGUUAUAUCUGAUGCAGAGAAUAUAAAGAAACUCCUGAAAAUUCCCUACACUAAAGACGUAGUCAGUAUGUUUGUACAUAGAGUUGGAAAUACAUUACUCAUAGAUAACUUUGAUAUCUAUAAGAAUUUUACUAGAACAGAUGGACUAUUCUUGUGGUUACGUGAUUUUGUUUUGAAAAAUCUUAGUACCAAGGCUCUCCAAAAUGAAAGGCGUUUGUAUGCGCAAGAUCGUUCUAGGGAAGCCCUGAAACAUAGGAGCCUCAUUUCGAAAUUUAUGUAUCACAGCUUGGAUAUGAAACAAAGUGAAAGAAUGAUAGAAAAUGAAGUGAACCAAACACAUGGUUCUAGAAGUGUUGAAUAUCCUGUGCUGCCUAAUCCUUCUCCUGAUGUGGAAGCUCCUGACUCAAGUUUCGACGACAAAUACAACCGCAAUGUAGUGUGGACAUUCGAAGACAUAGAAAUGCUCUUAGGUACCGACAUGCCUAUUUUUGGAGGUGGAGAAUAUCCCUGUAUCUCCUUACGACUGAGAGAUAUGAAACAACCCAUCAAUAUAUUGACGGGUAUCGAUUAUUGGCUAGACAACUUGAUGUCUAAUGUUCCCGAAGUGGUGAUGUGUUACCAUCUUAAUGGAUUCGUACAAAAAUACGAACUUAUAAAAACCGAAGACUUGCCGCAACUGAAGAACUCGAAAUUUUCCCCUCAAAUAAUCAAAGAUGUAGCACAAAACAUCCUAUCUUUCUUGAAAACCAACGCUACGAAAGCCGGACACACAUAUUGGUUGUUCAAAGAUAAGGAAGAAGAUGUGAUAAAGUUGUACGACUUGACCUGUCUGGUUCCGCAGAACGACAAAUUGCAAAAUCCGUUCACCAUCCCAGUUGCCAUGUUGCUGUACAGAGUCGCGAGGAACUUCAUGAAAUCCAAAAGGAAGAAGACUGGGGUCAUUAAAAUGCUCUUGGAGAACUGUAUAUUACUACUACCGGAAGAUAAAUAUCCUGAAAUUGUGACAUCUUCCUACUUCAUGUUGUCUGAGAUCUAUUUACCUAUCACGACAAAUCCAGAGGCACCCAAGUUUGACAACGAAGACCAAGAUCAAGAUCCGUUUGAAAGCGACGAUGAAGACCCCAAUGAAGAAGCCAUAAAAUUUUUGGAUCUGGAGUUCACCAAAGCCAAAGAACAUAAGAAUUCGUUCAAACCUCCUCCCCCAAUAGAGGGAGGUGCAGACUAUCGUUGCUUGAAAGCACUCUCUAACAUACAAAGAGGUCUGAAUUGCUUGCAGUACUUCUCUGACGAAACGACUGAACCAGUGCCGAUGGGAGGUGGAAUGCCAGCUGCCAGGAGCUCAGAACCAAUACCUAUGGGAUAUGAGAAAUUGAAUGGCGACAAAAAAGAUACUGUGAGUGGUGCCAUCGAAAAUGUAAAUCAGGCAGAUGAAAAAAAUAAAGAUAAAAAUAAAACCAACGAUCUGAACGAUGACAAUGAAUCUUUACCUAAUAAAAACGAUAAAACCAAUCAUAAGGAUGCAUCAGCUGACAAAGGCGUCGUUAAAAAAGCGUCCAAAUCUAGGAAGAAAAAAGCCAAGAAACAAGAGCCCAGCGAACCGACCCUACUGGUGGUGAACAACAAAAAAACCGAACCCCUACCCACCUGGAAGGAAAAAAAUACGAGACAGGACGGCAUGUCCUGGAAAACCCACCUGAAGAUACUGCUCUACGAAAAGGCCGUGCUCGUCUUCGGCACGCUGUCUGAAUACUACUUCGGCAACGACCAAUACGACAUCUGCUUCAGGAACCUGAGGUUGCUGGCCAGAUGCUCGCUCAUAAUGCGAAAACUGAGGGGGUCCAUACAGUUCAACGAGGACUGCCUGCUCGGGCGAGCUGGGGACUGCUGCAUAAGGAUAUACCUCAAGUCGCAGGAGCCGGGAAACGAUUUGCGGGUUUUCGCGGAGAACAUAUCGACCCACACCGUCAAGGAGGCAGAGAUGUUGAAGCAGAUAGUGAACGACGAAGAACCGAACGGCGGCACGGUUCGCACCCCCAAUCUGAUGUGCGUGUACGAUUGCGAUUUUUCAAAUCCCGAAGGGGUGCUGAACGGGGCUGUGUUGUGCUAUGAAGAGGCCUUGAAAGUGUGCGAAACCGAGAAUAUGCUGAAGAGGUUGGGAAACUCCCUGAAUGAAGCUGGAGCCUAUUUCUUGCAUUACGCCAAAAGGUUUCAAGGCAGAGAGAUAGGCGAAUGGGCAAAGAAGGGAGAAGUUUACUUAUUGAAGGCGUUAAAAGUCUUUGAAAAAAUUGGAGACAAGGAAAACGUGGCUCUUCUCAACACAAAUCUUGCCCACAUGUAUAGAGUCCUGGCCUACUCCUAUUACUCCCCUGGCCGUCCAUUAAUUUCAGAGGAAAGAGCUUGCUAUGCCAAAUGCAACGAAUAUUUCAAGAAAGCAUUGAAGAUUCUGGGAAAAAGAGAUACAAAUCCAAUUAUUUGGGAUAGUAUAAAUUGGGAAUUGUCUCUGUCUUUAUACUCGGAGGCUUGUGCAAUGCAAGAAAAUCUUUCAAUAGAUGCUGCUAAUAUGGCGAAACACAGGUACAAAAUAUUAUCGGCUUGGAAGAUGGCAUGGGAUAGUUGUGAAAAUAUAAAGGAUCAUGGCAAGUAUCAACAAUGCAGACAAAGAAUGAAUGUUAUCAAAUCGAAAAUGGCCGAAUUACAUCACAAAAUUUUCUUGGAAUCCAAUGAUCGGGUUGAGCAAGAGAAGAUGUACAGUCUUGCGAUUCGUGAUUACACAUGGCUGGCUGAAUAUUACUUGGAAAUUAGGAGACCAGCCCCUUAUUUCAGAGUUCAACUAAAACUGUUCAGAUUGCAUGAAGUCUCAUCUGAAAGGGCUACUCAACUCAGACAGGUUAUGGAAAGCCUGUAUGAAUGUGUGAGGUUGUCUUGUGAGAUGAACGACAUGAUUCGGCUAAUAUUGAAUGGGGAAGCAAAAAUAGUACCCGAGGACCUUUCUAUGGUUCAUACGGAUGGAGAAGAUAAACUAUCAUUCCCGCUACUAUUGGAGUUGUUUAUGUCGAAGGUUCAACAUGUCAUGAAGAAAGUAUUGAAGGUGUAUGCUAUGGAUAAGUUGCCUCGACAUGGAUUGAUAAAGCUUUACAAAGAGUGUUAUAGAGUUUCUUUAUCUUUUAGUACAGAUUUGACUGAGCAGAAUACGCUCGUUAAAAUAUAUGAAGGUUUAGAAAGAAUUAAAACGUUAUUAGAGACUGAAAAUUUUGAAUAAAUAUAUUUUUUACUUGUUA